AUGACAUCACAAUGUACAGAAUCUGCUGAGGACUGUGAGAGUCAAAGAAAAAGAACCAGGACCUCUGAGAUCGCUGGAACCUCACAAAUCUGCCAGGACCAGAUAAGGACCAGUAAGACACUGAAGAGGAAGAUGAUGGAAGAAGAAGAAGGUUCAACGCCAGCCAAGUGUAGGAAGGAAGAACUCCAGGAGCAGGUUCCAACCAGAGAGUCUUCCUCCUCAGUGGACAUCCUCAUAGAGACAAGCAGCAGCAUAAUGCUACAAAUUGGUGAGUCUGCUGAGGACUGCAGACCAAAUAAAAGGAGAAAUUCUGGAGAUGAGAUCCACAGAAAAAGUAUCAGGACCUCUGAGAUCGCCGGAACCUCAAGAAUCUGUCAGGACAAGAUCAGAACCAGGAGGAUACUGAAGAGGAAACUGACAGAAGGAAAAGAAGAAGGUUCAACACCGGCCAAGUGCAGGAAGGAAGAACUCCAAGAGCAGGUUUCAACCAGAGAGUCUUCCUCCUCAGUGGACAUCCUCAUAGAAAUCAACAGCAGCAGCAUGAUGCCACAGUGUGCUGAGGCUAUUGAAGACAGCAGACCAAAGAGAAGGAAAAGGGUUAAAAAAGAAAACCGCCGAAAAUGGACCAGGGUUUCUAAGAUGUUCGGACCAUCCAAAAGCCACCAGGACCAGAAGAGGAUUGUGAGGAGACUGAGGAGGAAAAUAACAGAAGAAGGAGAAGGAUCUCUAACACCAGCUGAGAGGAAGAAUAAGGGGCUCCAGCAGCAGGUCGUAACCAAAGAGCCAGUGGACAUCAGCACAGAGUCCAGCAGCUCCAACCUGGAACUUUGCAGCUCAGGAAUAGGCGAUUUACGGAAGAGGAAUCUGAAGAGGGAGGACAAGGACAUUGAGAAACCACAGCUGAGGAAUAGAAGGAAGAAGACCAAGAAGACAAAAGAAGAAGUGGAUUCCCAAAGAGCUGAAUUCCAGGAAAAAUAUACUGAGUUGCAUCUGCUGGGAAAAGGAGGCUAUGGAUCUGUGUUUGCUGGAUAUCGAGAAGUGGAUAAAUUACCUGUGGCCAUCAAACACAUUCGAAAUGACAUGGUGUACAAACACAAGGAUGAGAACGGUAGGCAGAUGGCGUUGGAGGUGGCCAUCAUGAUGAAGCUUCAGAAUCGGACUACCAGUUCAUCAGGGCGGUUAGCCACAGUGUCCCUGCUGGACUGGUAUGAACUGGAGGAGGAGCUGCUCAUAGUGAUGGAGAGACCCAUGCCUUCACAGGACCUCAAUGUCUACCUUGAUGACCAUGAAGGUUGUUUAACUGAGGAGGAGGCCAAGAUCAUCUUGAAACAGCUGGUGGAAGCAUCGAUUCAACUUCAGGAUGCAAACAUCUUCCACAGAGAUAUUAAAGCGGAAAAUGUCCUUAUUGAGAGGAGCUCAGAAGGCCUACGAGCCUAUCUCAUAGACUUCGGUCUGAGCCGCUUUGACCGUGGAAGGAAAUUUACCAUCUUCCAAGGGACCCAUGCUCUUCGAUCACCAGAAUAUUGCACACAAAAGAAAUAUUCUGCUGGACCCACAACAGUGUGGCAACUGGGAGUGAUCUUGUUUGAAGUUCUCCAUUAUAAGAAUUUUGAGACAAACAAAUUUCUCAAAAAGAAGCUGAAGAUCAGCAAGAAGCUUUCCAAAAACUGCCAGGAUAUUCUGACUAGGUGCCUGAUGACAGACCCAGAGGAGCGUCCCACGCUGCAAGAACUGCUCAAUCAUCCAUGGUUUUUGUAAACUACACAUCACACAAACAUUACGAUACAAAAUUUAACAUUUUUUGUUGGUAGUUAGUUUAGUCUAAUUUGGGAUGAGGAUUAAGGUUUAGGGUUAAAGGACAGGUUCCGAUCCUCGGUAGCAGAAGCUGGCUCUUGGGACGUGGAAUGUCACCUCUCUGGUGGGGAAGGAGCCAGAGCUAGUGUCUGAGGUUAAGAGGUUCCAGCUAGAAAUAGUUGGUCUCACCUUGACGCAUGGCUCUGGUUCUGGAACCAGUCUCCUUGAGAGGGGCUGGAUGUCCUUCCACUCUGGAGUUGCCCUCGGUGAGAGGCACUGGGCAGGAGAGGGCAUACUUGUUGCCCCCCAUCUCGGUGCCUGUACAUUGGGGUUUGCCCCGGAACGAGAGGGUACUGGAGCCGGAAAACGGUAGAGUGCCUUCUCCGGGUCGGGGGGAUGUCCUGCCCCAAGUGGAGGAGUUUAAGUAUCUCGGGAUCUUGGUCACGAAUGAGGGAAGAAGGGAGCGGGAGAUCGACAGGCAGAUUGGAGCAACGUCUGCAGAGGCGGGCACUGUACUGGUCUGUCGUGGUGAAAAGAGAGCUGAGUCAAAUGGCAAAGCUCUCUAUUUACCAGUUGAUCUACGUUCUCACCCUCAUCUAUGGUCAUGAGCUUUGGGGUCAUGACCAAAAGAACCAGGUCGCGGAUACAAGCAGCCGAAAUGGGUUUUCUCCGUUGGGUGUCUGGGUUCUCCUUUAGAGAUAGGGUGAGAUGCUCACUCAUCCAGGAGGGACUCAGAGUAGAGCCGCUGCUCCUCCACGUCGAGAGGAACCAGUUGAGGUUGCUCAGGCAUCUGGUUCGGAUGCCUCCUGGACGCCUCCCUGGUGAGGGGUUCUGGGCACGUCUCAGAGGGAGGAG